ACAAAUUUGACACUUGACAGUCAUCGAUCUUGUUUUGUUUUUAGAUUUAAUUGAAGUGAGAAGAAUUGAAUAUGGCAUCUGCGAGUAGUACAAGCGCUAGAUCUCUGUUUGCCGAUUCUAAAAUGCGUUUAGCUGAUCGAGUGCAAGUCAACGUCAACAAUGUAGCUUCCCUAGCAAGGCACAUCAUUAAGGGGUCAAAAAGUAGCGAGAUAAUAAUGCAUUCAGCUCGUAAUUUCGCUUUACAAGAGCACGCCUUGGAUAACAGUGAAGCUAACUUGAAGAAAUUGCAACUUUUGCAUAUACAUUUUGGCUAUCAGUAUGAUUCUAUUAUGCGAUCUGCACAGCAAAUCGAGGAAGUCAAAGAACAAGUGCGAGCCAUGCAAAGAGUAACCCCAUCUUUCAUCUAGAGUUUCAACGAAUUAAAUAAUCAAUGAAGGAACACUCCUAAUUAUUGCACAUUAUUAUUGUAAAUAAAAGUACCUACUAGGCUAGGCAGAAACCUAAUGUAAUUAAUGUCAAGCGACUAUUAUUAGUCUUCCUUGUUAGCUAUAUAUUGUAAAAUAUAAAUCUGUGUUAUCUCA